GACAAUGGCGCUAGUGCAGUGCAGAUCGAUCGAUAGGUAGUUGUGGAUAGCUAGCUACGUAUAUAAGUAUUAAUCUGUGUUUGAGGAGAAGAAAAUUGCAGUUCCAUACUUCUUAAUUUUGUGUAAGAAAUGCUUAAUGCCGGACUCGAGGGUUAAGCCGGUGUCGGCUAGUGAAUCCUCCGCAUCAGACGAAGCAUUGAAAUUGGAACUUUACUUACAGAGGCAGCUUGAAGAGGAUAUAGCAAGAAUAUUUGACGAAUCAAUUUAUUCGGACCUAGAAGUGGUGUGUGGUAAACUAAAAAUACUAACCCAUACUUGUAUACUAAAAGCACGUACAAAUAAAUUUUAUCAAAAGCUUGAAGCAUUUUUGCAUGUGAACAUCGGUAAAGAAGCUUUUGAUGAGAUAUAUUCGUUUAUAAGUGAUGCUUAUACCGAAUGCGAUAUCACUACUCAAGAAAAAGAAAUAUUAAUUUUUCUCAAGAGAAAUAUAUUUACAAAAUAUAAUUUUAUCGAUUCGCAUAAAUCAAAAGAAGAAAUAGAGGAUCUUGAUGUAUUUCUAACACCGAAUUGUACAACUCCUUAUACAGAGAAAAAAUUUCAACAGAUAUCAUCUCUAAGUCCCAGCACUGAUUUAACUAAAGAAUACUAUGCGCUAGUGCACAUCGAGGGAAAUUUAUUGGAACAGGAACUCAUAGAACAAGACGCUUUAUCAAAUGCAUUUCAAACUAUAAUAAAAUCGCAAGAUAGAGACAACAAAAAAGUGCCACAACGCAACAAACCAACUACAUUGUCCUUGAUUUCUAGUCAUUCUCCCAAAAUACUAAAACAUUCCAAUGAUUGUGAUAUAAAUAACACAACGUAUGAACCUUUCGUAGUAAAUAAUUGUGAAUAUUCGGGAAAAAAACCAAUUUAUAAUCAAAAUUUAAAAGUUUCUGAAACAUUAAAAAACACGCUUCCUAACGAACCCUCAAUUGAAAAAAAUACAGAUCCAGCAUAUUCACCGGACAGUUUGAUCACCGACGAUCCAAGUUCUUCUUCGGAUUAUCUCUCUGCUGCAUAUGCUUAUUCACCCGCUGUGGGAUCAUCUGGGUGCUUGACACAAUUAAAUGCUGGUGACGAUAGUAUCAAAAUGGAGAAUAUAUUUACUUCCUCCGAUUCGGGCUUAGAAAAUACGGGUUUACUAGAAAGCCUUAACAACCAUAAAGAUGUAACUUUAACAGAUGUAUCGUUAUCUGAAAGCGCACGACAUGACUUAACUAUAGAAGAAGGAUCAAGCCCAGAAGUUGACACAAACCAAAUUCAAAGGAUUCCAAUAGUUCAUACUAUACCUUUGUCGAUCUGUACAACACCUCAAGGUAUAGAAUAUAUUGAUCUUAAAAAAAAUGCAGACACAAAAUCAAAUGACGUAGCUUGUAGUAAAUCUUCUAAAGAACAAAAGCAACGACAAAAUGAAGAAAUUGUUAUAUUAGAAUCUUCGUCGGUAUCUUCAGAAACAGGAUCCUGGGAAUCCGUUUUUCCUCCAAAAAUUACUGACAAAGAAAUCUGUCAUAAAUUUAUACAAAACGAAUGUCAAAGUGGUAGUCAUACCCCCGUUAAAAAACAAAAUGAUCAGUCUGAUUCUCCAAACUUUUUAGUUAAGACUACACCUUGCUUUAUCGAUGCUGCUAGUUUGGUAGACGAAGAAUAUGUCUCAUUGAAUAUAUUAAAUCAACUGGAGAAGAGAAAUAUUAAAAUUAAAGCCAACAAUACACCCUUACCAAGUAAGCCGGUGCCUUGUUCGUCUAUCAAGGGAGUCGAUACUAGCCCAGUAGAUUGGUCUGAAAGUAAUGAUAAUGAUGACUCAUUAGAACAUCCUGACAACAAAGAACCUGAUUCUAUACAGAAAGACUUAUCCCCAACUAUAUUUGAAAUGACUCCUAUAACCGAAGAUUCUUUAAGUGGAAAUGAUAUCCAUGAAAACAAAAACACAUCUGGACCUAAUAAUUGUGAAACUGACAAAGCUACAUCUGUCUCAACAAGCACGGUAUAUAUGGGAACUACGCCACACAACUCUAUUAUGUCAUUAAAAGCGACAUCACUAAAAAAUUACGAAUCUGAAGAAAGCGAAAGUGAUACAAUAGUUAUGAGCAGAGAAAGUCUUACUAACUUGAGACCGAACAGGUACAACGAAUCUUCUUCUCUAUCAGAUGGCGCGUCAGUCGAAAAUACUACUUCUUCCAAAAUAGGGUUACAAAGUAGUAGUCCCUUGAUCCGACGAAAAGUAGAUAACAUCUCAAUAACGACAGAAGUAUGUUUGAAUGUCGAAAAUAAUAGUUUUCCAAAAUCGUCAAAAUCAGUAUCAGCAUCUGCCUGGGUUGUUGAUAUGUCAUUGAGUCCUAAAGUGUCAGAGGGUAAUAAAUCUAGCAGAUCUAGCCAAAAUAUUAAUGUCAAAAAACAGAGUGGCAGAGUGUAUGAAAAUUUAAAAAAUGAACCCAAGUCGAGUAGCGGCGAUAGUUGCAAUAAAAGUAAAAGUUCUGUGGAUUCUGAUAGCUCUGAGAAGUCUGGUCAUAUAUUCUAUAUUGAUUUGACUACUCUACCUGAUACUCCACCUGAAAAACAAAAUAUUGAAAAUAGUACCGAAAAAAAGAAUAUAUUUUCCAUGUAUAUAGAUUUGGGUGAUAAAUCUACACUUAAAGAAAUGCCAUCACGACUAUCAUCUUCCCUCAAUGUAAAAAAACAACCGAGUGGUAACUCUUUAAAAGCUGCUGAAAAAUCUAAAGUUCCGAAAACGAUGUCCAAUGAAAAAUCUGUGUCCGUCAGAGAUAAAUCUCAUCACACUACAACGGAUCAGGAUCCGAACGCUAGUUUUAUUUUUGAGAAAUACGAAUCAUUAUGCAAUGAUCCCAACAUAAGUAUAUCUGAAAUUAUAGCGAUUCCAGACCCUAGUUGUCUAAAGUCAAGUGAGGUAUGUGAGGUUGAAAGAGAAAGAAAAACUGAAAAGUCACAUCGACGAAGUAGUGAAAAAUCUUUCAUACCAGACAUUAAAGAAGUAAUUCCUGAAGAAUCUACAAAAAAUCAGGCGACAGACCUUUAUGUUAAAUUAUCGGAUUUAGAUAAACCAGUCCAGAAAUCAGACAAUUUUGAGAGAGAAAUUUUAGAGUCACGAAUGACACGAUCUAUACCUGAUAAUAAUUGGUCGGAACAAAAUACAGCAAGGACAUCUAGAUCAAGUGAGGUUAUCAGUUCAUUCCACUCGGAAAAUGCAUUGAGCUUAAAUAGACUUUUUCCGCAUUUAAAGAACGAGUUCAGUAGAAGCAUGCCUAUAUCAUUAUCUGGGCGAACAAAGUCACCACUGAGACAAGGUGUAUCUUCGAGUGUAGGGGAAAUAGAUGAGCCAGGUUCAGAUAUGUCUGAAAUGAGUAGCGUUAUCAGUAGCCUGUGUCGUUCUGUUAUAGAGAACAGUACAACAGAAGAUACAAGUGAUACUACAAGUUUCAUAGUAAAUUGUCAGUCCCGAUUAGGUCAAGAUUUACUCCGCAUGUUCUUAGAAGAAAUAGCACCAGAUGUUAUAGUUGAAGUUUCCGGAAAGCGUAUCAAAGCACACAAAUGUAUAUUGUCUUCAAGGUGUCAGUAUUUUGCUGGUAUUUUAAGCGGUGGCUGGGUAGAAAGUGCUGGAAACGUCAUUGUCCUACCGCCGUUCUCGUUUAACGUUGUUCAUUUCGCAUUGUGCCAUAUAUAUUCUGGUUUGUCGACUAUCCCUGACUCGAUAAGUAUAGUAGAGUUAGCGACAAUUGCAGACAUGCUGGGACUCGAAGGAUUGAAAGAAGCCAUCAUGUUCACUUUAAAAGCCAAAUAUUGUCAUCAUUUUCACAGGCCAUGUCAAGUAUGCACAGCAGGUGUGCUGGAAUGCUUCCCACUAUCAUCGGUUUAUGGAUUAGACGAUCUAUACCGUAAAUGUAUAAAGUGGAUUACGAAAUAUUUCACAAAAGUGUGGCCCACUAAAGCUUUCGCUACGUUGCCUAAAGAGUUACUGGACAAAUGUUAUCAAGAGCACAUCGUUAAUUUGACAAUUGAUAAUUUAAUCGAAACUGUCUUUGGAUGUGGUGUUACAGUCGCAUCAUUACAAAACAGUAGAUGGGCGGAGAGUGUGGCGCGUAUGUGUCGACGUCUUGUAAACGCUGCAGCCCAUUACGCGGCCCCAAGACUAUUGGCCGUACUAGAUUUAAUAUACACAGCGCCCAAUGCCCCACAGUCAGCCAGACAAGCUCUCGACGACUGCCUCGCCGCCGCCAUCGAAUGGGCCCCACCCGACGAAACGUGUCGCGUAUACGCCUUCCUCUCCCAGUUGGUGAAAGAAAUCAGAAACCAACAGUUCUCGAGACCGGAUCUCAUAACCAAUGGCAGUCAGAACAUAAAAAUACCGGACCCGAACAAUCUUCUCUUCACUCACGCCACCAGCUGGCGCUUGCUAUGCGAAGGGGCACUAGUUAGAGCCGCACCUCGAGUCGUGGAUACUCAGGCUUUCAAGGAUUUACCCAUAGAUCUGCGAAGGCGGCUACGUGAACUCGGCUGUAUAAUGUACGGCUCGCAGGCUAUUCCAGUAAUCACUUCGCCUCUUCAAGACAGAAAAAGUAAAAGUACUUAUCAAAGCAAAUCUACGAAAACGAUAUAUUCAGCUACAACUCGCAGCUUAGACAUGGAGAAAGUACGGAACACGUUCGUACCGUAUAAACCUAAACCGAUAGUGAUGGGAUCAAAAGAUAAAUUAAUUACCAGUUCUGAAUUCCGAGAUAUUAAAAAGAUUGCUAGUAAAGUAAAUAUGCCAAAAGUUAGAACGACGAAAGCUCAAGAAAAGCGCGCCAAAUUUAAUCAAACUAAAACAUUAACAUCUCAAGAUCGUUCUAUCAAUAACAAACCUGGAUCCGCUCGAAUGUUUGAAAAUACAAAACCGAGAUAUUUAGGACCGCGACAAAAUAACGAAAAGGAGAAAAAGACAGCAACAAGGAAGCUAGUAAACAAGAUAGUUUCGUCCAGUGAAUCUUCGAGAAAUUCGAGCCCGAUACAAGCUCGAAACUUGAGGGUCAGUCCCAUGACGAAUGACCAAACAUAUAAACAUAAAGCGCAUGCUAUGUCCCAAGAUAGUCUAGCCACUUCUUCGCGACCACGUACUGCAGAACCCUCCACUGAUUCUCUGAGCGAAUCUCAAAACAGCAACAAAUAUGCUACAUACACAAAAACAAAACAUGUAAGCAAGGGGUCAAGCGAAUCAGUUAUAACAAAGAGUCAGGGUCUUCCACCGUCCUCCAAAAGUAUCAACCUUAAGACGAAAAUUCCCGUCUACUUCAAUCAGACUUGUAAUGGUAACAAGUCGAAUAUCAAUGCUAAAGCUGGGCAAAUGAGUAAUAAUUUCGCUAAGAAUAAGACAAAAGUCUGCGAUCGAAAGAUAACAGGAUCUUUGAUGAAUGCCACGAAGUCUAGUUCAGCGAAGAUUGUUCCAAAGGUAACUAAAGAUAUGCAAGGUCAUUCUUCAAAAUCCGGUAAACAGCAAAAGCAUAAUACGAAACAGGCAAGUGGUAAUAUCCAAAAACGAGAGGACCAUGAAAGGGAACUAAUUCCUUUAAUGGAGAGGUCAGGUACCUUCUUAAAGGAUGAGCCUAUGUUCGUUGAUAAAACUUCUAAUGUAGAUAAUAGUCAGUAAUUAGGAAAUGUUUAUUUUAUUAUUGUGUAAUGGUGUCUGUAUAUGCCUAAUAUUACUUACCUUAUUACUUUGAAAAUGAAAUUAUACAUGAAUAACAUGUACAGAAGUAAUUGAG